AUGGCCCACCUCACCUCUCUGCCGUCCGAGCUCCUGCUCCAUAUCCUUAGCUUUCUGCCCAUCCGCUCUCUGCUCGCCUUUUCCUUAGCUAGUCGGUCCGCAUACGUUCUUGCCUCGUCCAGUCUGCAAACUCUGUCCCUGGGAGUCUAUCCCACCCGUGUUUCGUCCUUGAUCAGCCAGCUCUCGAGCACAAGUCCUACCGCGUCCCCGUACUCCCGUAGCACCAGGAGUCUCAGCAGCAGCGCCGGCUCUCUCCCUUCUUCGUCGGCAUGCAGCUCCAAAUCCUCGUCGUCUGAGCUCUUCAACGAGGCGUGCACUGUCGCACAUGUCAUCCCACAGGCGUCGGAGCUGCGGCCUCAUACGCUGCUGGCCUUCCACACCGCUCUCACCUCGUCCAUCCUGAACCGCUACUGCAUGUCGAUGCGCCACCUGGAGCUCAGCAUCUGGGCCCUUACCCCGCCUGUGGCAGACGCCCUUGCGGGCCUGAAGAACCUGCGCACUCUGUGCCUGCGCAUCGAGGACCCCUUUGGCCGCGGCUUCCUGCGCCGCUGGAUCAUCAACUGGGGCUCGACCGUCGACGAUGACGACGAUGACCGGGAGGAUGAGGCCGAGCAUCGCGGCCCGCGCCGGCUUCCGUCUCUGUAUCGCGCCCUGCCCGAGGCUGGGAGUGGCACUGAGUGGAACAAGUUCGCCGAUGCGUGGAGCCGGCUCGAGACGCUGCGGCUCGUUGGCGCCGAGGUGAGCGACUGGCAGCUCUGCCAGAUCCUGAAGAGGAACGUCGGCCUGAAGGAGUUGUGGCUGAAGAAGUGUCCGGAAGUUGGCGGCGAGCUGCUGAAGUUUUUGGAUGAGGAGUGGGAGGGGAGGAGCAGUCUGCAGACGCUGGGCCUGGUCGACUGCGAUCUCGCGGGCGAGAUCAACGCAGAGACGGUGACGCACGUUGGAAAUUUGCCGAACUUGCAGUUCCUGUCGUUGCUCGGCUGUAAGGGCGUGACGAACAGCACUGUCGAGCACUUGAACGACGAGUCUUGGCACAUCCCGCACGUCGAGAUGCCAGGCGCCCACGCAGCGGAUAUUGGGCCAAUGCCCGCUGUGAUUGAAGUUGACCCCGCCUAUGUUGAUGAUGAGGCAUGA